AUGACGUCGCCCCAACAGCUUGACAAAAUCAAAGAUGAGCAUUUCGACAAAUUCGAGAUCUUAAAUAUGGACUACAAAACGGUUAAAGGUCAUGGAAUCCGUGCUGAUGUUCUGACUCCAAAGUCGAUCUGUUCAGGUCCUAGGCCUAUAAUUACUUAUUUCCACGGCGGUGGUUUGGUCUUUGGAGACUCCCUUUAUUUCCCCUGGUUUCCUCUUUGGGUCCUUCAGCUAGCCCUAGACCAAUCCGCAGUCAUCGUCUGUGGUAAUCAUCGUUUGCUUCCAGAGUCAACCGGAGUCGAAAUUUUGGAAGAUAUAGACGACUUUUGGGGAUGGCUACGCUCCAAGGAUACUGCAAACUGGUUGGCUUCACAUUAUGUGCAGCUUGACCUUCGUCGAAUUCUCACGACAGGAGAUUCCGCUGGUGGCUUUCUCAAUAUUUAUCUUGCGUUGACCUAUCCGGACCAAAUCCGCGUAUCGAUAGCUUCAUAUCCAAUGUUAAACCAAGAACCUCUCCCAGUAGGUGAUGGUAAGGAACCCUCUCCUACAAAAAAACUCACUGACUACUGCAAAACCAGAAUAAAGACUGGAAAUGUUGUGUCAAGCGACACGACCUGGGAGCGGAAUGGAAUCUUUGGUGAUAUGAUCAAAGAGGGAAUGAUACCACAGCUUUUCAGUCGCGAUGGAAGCGCUUCAUCCACACACAAAUACCAUCUAUAUCAGCUUAAGAGACUCGAGCACCCUACAAUAUAUCUUCCACCGGGCGGCUUGGUUAUUCUGCAUGGCGACAACGACCCGGUUGUCCCGUGGGCGUGUAGUGACGCUUUUGUGUGGAGUGCCAAAACAAAGCUCCAGAACAAUCGAGGCGCGGAUAGAAUCAGAUUAAUAACACUCAAGGGAGGCGGCCAUGGGUAUGGUACCAAGGAACCUUCAGAGGCCAAAUCGAUACGGGAUGCUAUUAAAGGGGAUGUUGUAGCUUGGUUGAAAUGA